AUGGAGACGAAAGUGGAGGAUAUAGAAAAUGUACCGACCAACGUUGUAGAGUCAUCCGGGAGAUCUGAUAUGGUUCAUAGCAUAAAACUGCAUGAUCAGAUGGUACUGGUGAAAGUAAUAUCGAAGGAUCAAUUUCCGGACGCCACAUGGGUAGACCUGCGACUCCUAGAAAAUCAUAAACUUGCGUCUAUAGUAGACACCAAGAUGAAUGAUCAGGAGGAUGAGGAUGGAAAACAAUCUACGGAUCAAUCUCAACGUCAGCUUGUAUGCCUACGUUGCGAACAAGUUCUUGAAAACUGCACUUUAUCAGCUUUCCAGACGCAUUGUUGGAAUAAGAUUAAAGCAUUAAGAAAUGGCUAUUUGCAGAAUGAGAUACGCUGGUUUGUGAAACACAUAUCAGAUGAACAUUACCGAAAGCUGGAUAUUUUCACCGAAGUAACAGCUGAACAGUCAGGUCUAUCUGCAUUCAGCCUCAAACAGCGUGCGAAAAUAGUUACUGAAUUACAAGAAAUAGUUACUGAAUUUUGCGAUCGUGAUAGUCUCAUUGUGGAAAUUAAAAAAAUCUUAGAAGAUAAUGCAGUAUUAAUCGUGGAUGUUGAAAUUUGGUUACUAUUUAUAAAGUCUACUAUGCAGGAUACCUUGAUAGCGACGUACUGUAAGAUUGAUAGUCGUACUAGGCAACUAGGAGUGGUACUCAGAAAAUGGGCAAGGGUUUGUGGAAUUGAUAGGCCUAAUGAAGGUGGAUUGCAUCCUGGUGCUCUUAUCAUAAUGCUUAUUUAUUAUCUUCAACGUUGUACUCCGCCAGUAUUGCCUGUUUUACAUGAGCUUGCGUCGGAUGAUCAAUCAAAAAAUUUUAAUUACGAAAUAGAUGGUGUUCCGUUUAUUUACUUUAAUGAUAUUGAUACAUUGGAUGAUAUAUGGCAAUCUGACAAUGAAAAGAGUAUUGGACAACUUUGGCUAGGGUUUUUUACAUUUUAUUCAUUAGACUACGGGAUUAGCCGUAACGUUGUCUGUAUAACCUCAAAAUCAACAAUUACACGAAGAAUGAGAAAAUGGGAAGCAAACAGUUUUGCUAUCGAAAGUCCAUUUGGAAACCGCCAUAAUUGUGGUAAAACCGUUACAACACGACAAGUAAUUGAAUGUCCGAAGCAGUUCGAAUGGUUAUCUGACUCGUCGAAAAUUACCGAUACCUUCCAAUUAGAAAAGAUCUUUGUUUCAGGGACACAUGAAAUGCCCCUUCGCUGUCCGAGUUGUGAUGGUAAUCAUCGAAAAGACAAUUGUCCAGAAAGUAUUAGUACUUUAAAUCCUUUACCGGAAAUGAAUAUUGAUUAUCUGAGGGCUAUAGAUGAAUUUUGUUACUACGUAAAAGAUUAUUACGCGAUGUCAGCCGAGGAAAAACAGUUUCGAGAAGAAAUUCUUCAUCGCGUAACCAAAGCUAUGCAAGCUAUCUUUCCAGAGGCAACAUUGCACCUGUUUGGAUCGUCAAAAAAUGGGUUUGGAACCAAACAGUCAGAUGUAGAUAUGUGUAUGAUGAUACCUGACGACAGCUUGAACUGUCUCGAUGAAAAAUUACGUGGCCAAGAAGCUAUUAGACGUAUAGCGAAGCAGUUACGUAAGAAGUCUAGAGAUUUUGCAAAAGUACAAGAUAUAUCUCGUGCAACAGUUCCGAUAGUAAAAUUUUAUGAUGUAAGACGGUAUGUAAAUCCUACAUGUUCGCUUAAUAGGAAGUUAUCGUGUGAUAUUAGUUACCAAAAUGCUUUGGCUGUACAUAACACAAAUCUUUUGGCAAGUUAUGGUAGCCUUGAUGAUCGGAUUCCAAUUCUUGUUUUAGUUCUUAAAUUAAUAGCCAAGGCUUGCGACAUCGGAGAUGCAUCGAGAGGCAGUUUGAGUUCGUAUGCCCAUACGUUGAUGAUGAUUUACUUUCUACAACAUUGUGAUCCCCCAGUUUUACCUGUACUGCAGGAGUUACAUGAUGGAGAUAAACCAGAGCAAACGGUAGAGAAUUGGAAUGUUUGGUUUCAAGAAGAUCGCGAAACAAUCCGAAAAUGGUCGGGCUUUGGAAAGAAUAAAGAAAGUGUUGGCUCUUUAUUAUUAAAAUUUUACCGGUAUUACACCGAAACCUUUAAUUUUACUACUGACGUCAUAGCAAUACGACAAUUUGAUCCGAUGACGAAAUUGAAUAAGGGAUGGUACACAAAAUUUAUAGCAAUUGAAGUGAAUUCUUAUAUCAAAAGUGUAUUACGCAAUUGCCGAACAAUAUUUGGAACUCCGCAACCUAUACAGCAUCACUUCAUGGAUCAUUUUCUUAAUCUAUCUAAGCUAACCAAUGGUAAAAAAUCUCCAGAUCAAAAUCGGUGCUUCAAUUGCGGCUUUAUUGGACAUCGAAGGAAGGAUUGUCCUAAGAGUCGUAAUUUCAGAGAACAGACUCAGGGGCUUCCUGCGCAUAGAGAUAAUUCACCUAAAAUGCUAGCACAAGCUUUUAAUGUACUGAAAAUCAAUGAGAAUGGAAAGCCGAAGCAAGGAGAUGCAAAAUUUUCCCAGGCAAAUUCCUUAUGGCAGCAACAGAACGUACAGACUGGCCCGGUGGCAAUGCCAAAUGUUCAAUGGCAGCAUAAUCCUAAGAUUCCAGUUUAUAUGGAGAUGCCAAUUCUAUUAAACAAUGGAGGUGUUAUGAAUACAAUAUCUAAAAUGCCUUAUUACCCUUACGCUCCAUUCAAUAUGCAUCAGCAUACUUUGAAUGCUAAUAAUGCGUAUCAGCUAAAUCCCUACAGCAAUUUUAAAAAUUAUCAUGUUGUAAGCCCUACAAAUGUAUCAUCCAAUGAAACUACUGUGAAUGACAACAUGAGUGAUUAUGAGUGUAAAAGCUCAAUACCAGAGAAAUUGGAGGCUCAUGGAAGUGUCGAAUCUUACACCGAGACUGAACUGGAUAGUAAGCCUUCAACAAGUAAUCAACAGAAUCAAUCAAUACAGAAAGAGUCUAACAGUAGGGGGCAGCAGCAGUAUGAUGAACACAAACAUCGUAGGUAUCCACCAAUAUUUCACCAUACUACCCAUGAAAUGCCACCAAAUGACGUUGAGAAUUUGAGUACAAUUAAGAAAAGUACAGAUCUUACAUGGCAACAGGGACGAUUAAUUGACGAAAUAGGUCGUUCUCGAAAGAAAAAUCGGAUAAGAAAACCGAAAGCAAAUUAA